AUGGGCAACGACCUUGAUAACACCAUCCAGGAUCUGGUGGAUGGUAAGGUACGGAUAGAAGAUUUCCCUCUCAUCAAUGUUUGUUUGAUAGAGGAUAUCUUCUAUUCGUCAGAUAAUAGAAGGCUUUAUUGCUUCAAGGAGGCGAUAAAGCGAGGGUUGGAUGUUGAUAGGAUACCUGUUAUAAUAAGAAGGGUAUCAGAUGUCAACAUUGAGUGGAAGAUGGAGGGAGCGCAAAGAAAAUUAUCUCAGAACGAAGUGCAAUUAAUAUUACAAGAAAAUUGUUCUUUGAAAACUGAAAAUGGUUAUUUACAAAAAGAAAAUGAUGGAUUAAGAAAUCAAAACGAAAAACUGGAAAAUCAAGUUGAAAAAUUGGAAAGUAAAAAUGAAGAGGAAUGGCAACAAGCUAGACAAGAAAGAGAACAAUCUAGACAAGAAAGAGAACAAGCUAGACGCGAGAGACAACAAGCUAGACAAGAAAGACAAAAUUUACAAAAAAUUUUCUUUCUUAUAAUUUUUAUCUUAUUUUUCUUUUUACUUUCUUGUCAAUUUGGUGCUCGUUGGUUUGCAAAACCUGGAAAGAAGUUCUUGACGAGCAUCCUUUCUGGCAAAAGGUUGUUGAGGAUUGCGGUCUCAAAUCUUCAAGACCGAACUCGAGAAAAUAUAAAACUUACAAGUCAAUAUUCGUUAAAAACUAUGAAAAAAUUUGCCCUUGUUACAAGGGUCUGUUAA